AUGGCCAACACCACCGGAGAGCCUGAGGAGGUGAGCGGCGCACUGUCCCUGCCAUCAGCAUCGGCUUAUGUGAAGCUGGUGCUGCUGGGACUGAUCAUGUGUGUGAGCCUGGCAGGCAAUGCCAUCUUGUCCCUGCUGGUGCUCAAGGAGCGUGCCCUGCACAAGGCUCCUUACUACUUUCUGCUGGACCUGUGCCUAGCUGAUGGCAUACGCUCUGCCAUCUGCUUCCCCUUUGUACUGGCUUCUGUGCGCCAUGGCUCCUCAUGGACCUUCAGUGCACUCAGCUGUAAGAUUGUGGCCUUUAUGGCUGUGCUCUUUUGCUUCCAUGCGGCCUUCAUGCUGUUCUGCAUCAGCGUCACCCGCUACAUGGCCAUUGCCCACCACCGCUUCUAUGCCAAGCGCAUGACACUCUGGACAUGCGCAGCUGUCAUCUGCAUGGCCUGGACCUUGUCUGUGGCCAUGGCUUUCCCACCUGUCUUUGAUGUGGGCACCUACAAGUUUAUCCGAGAGGAAGACCAGUGCAUCUUUGAGCAUCGCUACUUCAAAGCAAAUGACACACUGGGCUUUAUGCUUAUGUUGGCUGUGCUCAUGGCAGCCACGCACGCUGUCUAUGGCAAGCUGCUACUCUUCGAGUAUCGUCACCGCAAGAUGAAGCCAGUGCAGAUGGUGCCAGCCAUCAGCCAAAACUGGACAUUCCAUGGCCCUGGGGCUACCGGCCAGGCUGCUGCCAACUGGAUCGCUGGCUUUGGUCGUGGGCCCAUGCCACCAACUCUGCUGGGUAUCCGGCAGAAUGGGCAUGCAGCUAGCCGGCGGCUACUGGGCAUGGACGAGGUCAAGGGUGAAAAGCAGCUGGGCCGAAUGUUCUACGCGAUUACACUGCUCUUCUUGCUCCUCUGGUCACCAUACAUCGUGGCCUGCUACUGGCGAGUGUUUGUGAAAGCCUGUGCUGUGCCCCACCGCUACCUGGCCACUGCUGUUUGGAUGAGCUUCGCCCAGGCUGCUGUCAACCCAAUCGUCUGCUUCCUGCUUAACAAGGACCUCAAGAAGUGCCUGAGGACUCAUGCCCCUUGCUGGGGCACAGGAGCUGUCCCAGCUCCCAGGGAACCCUACUGUGUCAUGUGA